CGAUGCCCUGCAAUAACACAUGAUCUCAAGUUUCCUGGAAUCGUGGUUGCAGCCAUCGGGACAAGAAGAAGACAACAAGCUCACCACUCGCUGCCCUCCCCCCCUCCCCCAAUUGCUUGCUCUGUUGCAAGCGGCUCGUGAACCGUGACUCAAGUCGCCCGUAUCCCCAUCAUUUCCUCACUCGCACACAGCAGCAAACACAAACAAGUCCACUAGCACCGCGUCACGACAAGACCACCACCACCACGCGCCAGCAGCUAGCUCCGUGCCCUCCGACUCAUCUUGCAUUUGUGCAUGCACCACCUCGCCACCGACGCCGUGGCGGCACACACAAAACACAACCUCGCCUCCUGCGUGACGGACGAAGGCGUUGUCAGUGACACCAUGGACCUGUCUAGCCACGCAAACACCCCUCCGAUCCCCGAAGCGCGCCAUCAACCAACACAAGCAGAACAGCACGCCGCCAGGGUGUCGGCGCGCUUGGCCCAGUGCCUGCGCAUCCGCGAGGAUGCAGUGCCCCUCUCCGUGUGCAGCGGUGUCAUUACCGUGUCCCGCAUCUGGCUUCGCUCCUCUUCCCACACCCACUCCCUGCCUUCAUCGCCGCGGUCAUCUGUCGCUGGCGACAAUUACACGCCGAGGAGUGCCACAAGCACCAUGCGCAAAGUCAAGUCCCAUAACGCAUCAGAUUCCCACCACCACCGCCACCGCCACUCUCGACGCAAGCCAAAGGAAUUGUGCGAUGUUCUGCGGGGCAGCCGAGGACCCCUGCCUCUGCUGGACGCCACAUACACCCCAGAUUGCUGCAACGAUGAUGCCGAUUUGGCUGACCGCGCUAGCGACAUUCAGUUCGUGCUGGGUGCCAGCCGUGCCAGGGCGGAGGCCAUCUUGACCACGGGCGCGCGCCUGCGUGAAGACCCGCAGCUCUCAUGGCGGUUCUCCCCCCACGACGCAGAGCAUGACGAAAUGUGCUCCUGGCGAGAGCAGCUCGGGCGACCAGAGAAGCUGAUGAUCUGCGUCGUCUCAGAGGACGGCUUUGACCUGGACCACCCAGCCCUGCACGAGCCCAACAUUGCCGUCACCGUGCUCACAACCAACAUGAAGCUGGCCCAAAACGUCAUCCGCUACCGCCGCAACCAUAGGCAGUUUGCUGUCUCCUGCUCCCGCGAGCUCUCCGCAGCGGAGGCACUCGACUGGGCACGCCAUCGCUACACGCACGUCACCGUCGAGGCUGGGCCUCAGAUGACAAACUUCCUGUUCCGUGGCCCGGCGCCCACGCCCGUGCUGUUCGACAGCGUGUGGAUGGCCGCCUUUCGCUGCAAAUCGCUGCCCCACCACGUGGCCCUGCACCACGGCAUCAACGCCGAGGAAAUCUCAGACUUUUUCGAGCAGCAGCACACACCCAAGGCCGGUGCUGUACAGCGCUCACGGCAGAAGAGGAAAGACCAUCAGGCUGGCCAGCAGCACGCUCACUCGCCGCAGCAGCAUCUGCGCGCGGGCGGCGCGCUCCGUGCACCCUCCACGUCCACCUCAACAUACAACGCCUCCCACUCUUCUGAGUCGUCUGGUCUGGGCGCCCACCCGCCUCGGUACCCCGUCUCUGUCGCCACGCGUCAGUCGUCGACAAGCACCGCCACAUCACCCAGACCUCGUUUUCCUAGUGACACAGACAGCGCGCGCAGCUUCGACCAGCGCAGCGCCACAAAGGCACCGCCGCUGUCGUCUUGCUCCUGCUGGCAGAUGGGCGCGUUCCUUCGCACCCUGGACGCCCCCGGCCGCAUUGAACACGCGCGGCGCAUCUUUCCUAAGGCCCAGCAUCAAUAGCACCAGCACCAGCACCAGCACCAGCACCAGC